UGAUCUUGCUUGAGAUAUUGACAGUUUAUUCCAUGCUCCCAUUUGGAAAGCAGUUGUUGCAGUUCAAGGGUUCUCUUAGAAAUGAAUGCGGUGGACUUCCAAUCCAAACACUUGAUGAAAAAGAAAAACUUAAUUGCGUGGUUUAGGAAAAGUAAAUCAUUCGUGAGAACAUAUUCAGGGAUCGCGCGUAUGCAUUGCAUGUACAGUCAGCACUAGCUUCUCAAGGGAAGACAAGAGACAAGUGUGUUUUCUGGCGACAUGACAUGUUUUCUCUUCCGCGGCGGAAUGGGAUUGAUGCAAAAUUUUGUCCUGGAUGUUUCGCAAGGGAAUGUGGGAUAUUCUGAAUUUAAUAUUUUACUCGCAGCAGAACGCAUCCUUUAUCUUUGGGUUUAAAUAUGCAUAGUCCUUUGCAUUACGUACGAGUCAAAGCUUCUGGAAGUCUGAUGACGCGACUGGGGGAUACACUGGAUAGGCUACUUGUCUUGUUCAAUUCACUCUGCUGGAAUUAUUGAAUUAACCUAGGAAUUUAGGUGCCCAAUGACAUUGCUAAAGUCGUUAGUUGGGUUCCUUUUUGUCGCAUCUUCUCAUUUUAUCAGUUUCAUUAACUUAACCGGUCAUUGGCAAAAAGAUACGAAGUUUUUCAGCUACACAUCUUGUGUCGGUGGCUCGUGACAGUAUGCGCGCGUGCACGGGAUUCCCGAUGGCUGUCACGGUGGUAUUGACACUAUUGACUUUUAUUAACGUCAAGGCGAGCGGAGAGUAUUGCCACGGUUGGCUCGAUUCGCAGGGUGCCUGGCGAGAGGGUUUUCAGUGCCCGGAGCGCUUUGACAGCGCCGAGGCCAUCAUCUGCUGCGGGAAAUGCGAGCUCCGGUACUGCUGCUCCAGCACAGAAGCUCGGCUGGACCAGGGAUCAUGUAAUAACGAUAAGCAGGCACAGGACACCAACACUGGGGACAAGGACAACAAAAGUUCUGGAGCAGUACCCAUCUAUGUGCCCUUCCUAAUCGUUGGCUCAGUCUUUGUGGCAUUUGUGUUGGUGGGCUCUGUGGUUGCUGUUUGCUGCUGCCAAUGUCUCCGCCCCAAACAGGAGCCUGCUUCAGGCAGUGGGUCAGGAGGUGGUUCCAGUGCCCGUGUUUUAGAGACAAUACCCAUGAUAGCCAGCACGGGCACAUCACGAGGCUCCUCGUCCCGCCAAUCAAGCACUGCCACCUCCUCCAGCUCUUCGGCUGCUCCCACCGCACCCCGCCCUGCACCUGUCCCCCUGCUACGUGCACAGGCCUCUUGCUGCCUACCCCCAGAUGCCAGCGUCUAUGUCAACAUGCCCACCAACUUCUCUGUACUAAACUGCCAGCAGGCCACUCAGAUUCUUCCUCACCAAGCACAAUUCCUGCAUCCUCAGUACAUUGGCUUUGCCCACACUGUUUCUCCGCCCCCAGCCUUCUUAGACCCCGCUCAGGCUGGCUACCGCCCCUUGCAGUCUCCAUUCCCCCCACCUACCAGUGUGGCCAGCAUGGCCAGUGUGACCGGUGAUCAGAAGUAUCCUCCUGUAACCAUGUGAAUGUUGGAGUGAGAGUCAUAUGGAAUGCUGGAAUACUGGACCACAAUAGCGAUCAUGAUGAGCAAUCAUUGGAAAUCAGUUGGAAUUGAAGUCACAAGGGGAACACGCAACAAUGGGUCAUUUCAUGGCGAAAAUGGAAUGCCUUGUUACACCAACAAGCAGACAAGUUGUGUUUACGUGCUUUCACAAGUAUGCAUGGCCCUGCUUUCACCUAGGACACUGAACACACUCACUUGCAUAGUUGUGCAAUUACUUGCAACCCAAAUGAGACCCUGAGACUGGUAUUUUUUCAAACCCAAAAUGUUUUCUGUGAUAUAAAGGACACAGUCAAUAUAUGCUUGAAAAAAUAAUUGUGUAAUGUGCCUUGAAACAUGCUAAUGGUGAUGCACAAUGAAUGUGUAGCCUGUAAAUGUUUGUGCUGUUGUAAAUGAAGCGUACAUGUGUACAUAUGCUAUGUAUAUCUGGGUUUUGUAACCCUGCUUAUGUGUUCUGUGUGUGACUGUAUAGGUGUGAUACAGUACAUGUGAAUAUGUGUGUGCAGUUUAGAACUGUAUAUGUUGCGUGUAAUGGGAAUCACAGGUGCUGUAAUGUGAAAAGCAGUCCUGGCUCCCUGUUGAAUGCUUAAAAUAUAAUGAAGUUAACAUAGGACACAGACUGUGACGCUCCACCCUCUUGUCCACUGGCCUAAGCAGAUACACAAGCACACACACUCACACACACACAGAUACACUCACUUGCCCUUUUACAUAUCCUGUACACACUCACAUGCCACAGAGCCCGUUUUGCAGAACCAAACUCAUUAUCUCACAGUGCCAAGGAACAGAAAAUAUCCCAAUAUAAAAGGGCUAUAUUAGAAACAUGUUUAGGAAAGGUAUGUGCGUGAAGGUGUAUUUAAUGGUAUUCCUCUGUGUAGUUGAAAUCAGCGGUCUUCUGAAAGCAGCUGGGUCAAUUACGCAGUAAAAACUGUCUGCCAACUGUUCCCCUUCACUAAGUCACUGCCUUGUGAAAGAAGUGUAUGUGUGUGCCUGUAUUUAUGUGUGUGCCACUUUCCCUCUCCUUCUGUUAGCAUAAGGCACACUCAAUGACUACCAUAGGGUUCCUGGGCAUUUCAUUUGGAGUGGGUUUCUUUCAGCACACACACACAAAAAACAGCAGUUUAGCAAGGAAAGAAAAGUCCCAGACUCCUCUAGCGGAAGCCCAUCAACUGCUGUAAUAUAAAACUUCUAAAACUCAAGCAUUAGAACUCACCAUGGCAGAGAAAUAACUAGGACUGACUUCUGGACUUCCACCAUGUCCCCUAAUAGGUAGAAUAACAUAAAGUCUGAUUUGACAGAGAGCAUUUUUGUUUCAAUUGUAUGUGACAAAAUGACAUGUACGUUACAGAUUUGUUUCGGAGUAUGAUACAUUUACAUGUGUGUGAAACUGAAUGUCUAAUUGAGGUUGAAUGUUCCUCUCCCUCUAAGAGCAGGGUGCCAUGUUUGUUUUACAUAUGAAAAUAUAUUAGUUCUAAUAAAUAUUUUUAGA